GACGGCUUCGUUACAAUUUCCUCAACCAAACACUCAACUGAUAUUGUGUGAUAAAAACUGGAAGUCCACCGGCGAAAAAGGGGGGCUGUUUGUUCAGAAAUACACUCCCCACCCCGGCGACCCUCGUCUGUUUGAACAACCGGAGACGCCGCUACACUGAAACUUGGUUUAUUGGCGAAGAAGGCGGCUACAUUCCUGCCUGCAAACCCUCCGAAAGGGCUGGUUUUUAUUUUCCUUUGACUGUCGAAAGGCGGGGGAUACAAAGCGACGUGUGGUGAAAAUUCCUUUAAAUUUUGGACUCACUGAAGGAAAAACGGGAUUACUAAAGAGCCAGUUCGUGCUGCUGUGACUGGUCAGCGAUAGUACAUGGAUUAUCUGUGUUUUCGGGCACUGUGCUGUAAAGGACCCCCGCCACCGAGACCAGAGUAUGAUGUGGUGUGCAUUGGCCUGACAGGUGCUGGAAAGACCAGCUUGCUCUCACGCCUCUGUAGUGAGGGCAGCGAUGGCAUAGUUCCUACAACAGGUUUCAGCAUCAAAGCAGUACCAUUUCCAAAUGCUAUCUUGAAUGUAAAAGAACUUGGAGGAGCUGACAACAUCAAGAAGUAUUGGAGUCGCUACUAUCAAGGAUCACAGGGUGUAGUCUUUGUACUGGAUAGUGCAUCAUCAGAUGAGGAUCUUGAGGCAGCGCGUAAUGAGCUCCACUCAGCCCUGCAGCACCCACAGCUCUGCACACUGCCUUUUCUCAUCCUUGCCAAUCACCAGGAUAAGCCUGCAGCAAGAACACCAAACCAGAUCAAGAAGUACUUUGAGCUGGAACCGCUGGCCCGAGGAAAGCGCUGGAUCCUGGAGGGCAGCACCACUGACAACAUGGAGGCAGUGAAGGAGAGCUUUGGUCAGUUCAUUAGCCUGUUGGAGGACAAAGACACAGAGCCUGCAAGGAUAUGAUGCUAAAGCUGCUAAUGCUAAGAGACAUUAGCGGCUAAAUACCACCACAUCCAGCCAGUGCCCAUGUACACACAAACACACACACGUACACACACGCACACAGAAAUACAGCAGAUGUUGAGCUCUCUCUCUGUGAGAUGUGUAUUGUAUGUUAUCCUCCCUUCACUACGGUCUCAUUUCUCAAAUUGGAAGAGCACAAGCAACAGUCAACCACUACAGCCUGACAGAGGAGAGCCACCGUUAAACCCACCCAGCGUAAAGCCGCGUGUCGAGAGAAAUCACUGAACUUUGCCGACAAUGGAAAUCUUAUUUACUACUGUUUGUGCCAUUGUGAUCAAAUCAGUGGCAUUUGGAAUGUACUGCAUUCCUUUGGUCAUUAUUGAACCCUAACACACACACACACACACACACACACACACACACACACACACACACACACACACACACACAGAGUGGAGCCUAGGUUGUCUGUAGAUAUGUUUAACAUCUCCACUAAUUACUUUGCAGGAUGUUGGGUGGGCAUGGUUGAAGUUCUUUCCACUGAGAACUACUGUAUGGCUGUCAAGUGUGCUUCUCCUUUUGACUCGGCAACAGCGAACGCCGUCAUGUGAUUGGAGUACAUAGUCCAAAGCCUUGUGUUAUGAACGGUAGUUACAUAUCGGUGUGUUGACACCGUGUCUGAAUAUCUAAUCCAAAUAGUGUAGUCUGAGUAUCUCAUGGAGUAUUGUACGUACAUGCAGACAAGUAUAUUGCUGUGUACCCUUCUGUGCAGCCAUACAUGAGUACUACUAAUCAUGUGACUAGUGUUAGGUGACUUUAUGGAGACAUUAGUUCUUUUGAAGAAAGCGGGAAUGAGUCUGAAUGCUUUUGUAAAUGUGCAACUUAGGAUAUAUUUUAUAGCUCUGUAUGUUAACCUCUGAGAGCUACAUUCAGAUUUUUUAUAUGUCAUACACACACAUUAAGUCACACUUAGGAAUUUUUUCAAAUCAAAGACUGAAAGUCGAGAAAUGUAAUGAACUUUAUUUUGUUGUUGUUGCUCAACACUAAAAAUGUCACCUUUUGGUUCUUUUUUUGUUUUGUUUUGUUUUUUUACAGUAUUUUUUUUCUUUUGAAUUUGAUAUGAUCCCUCUCAGCAUUGGCUCGUGACUGCAGACUCCCAUCGGGGUGAAAUACAAACUAUCAAUCAGCCACAGCAACAGCUGCAUCUGACAAGUCCCUGUCCGACACUCUAAUGCCUUCCAACUGUCUGAAGACCCCUUCCUGUCUGCUGUUUAUCACGUACCCCUGCCCCGCUUCACCCAAGCCAACACUACCCCUCCACUUCAGCUCCGCUCCCUGUCUCCAUUACUGCUUGAUGGGGUUUUCGUCCUAGAUGAGCCAGUUUCAGUGCGUCUGCCCUCAGGUGGACGCCACAUCUCUUAAAAAUGACUCAUGUUCGUUGUGCCACAGGUGUGUGGUUGUCCCCAAGAUGUGCUUAUGAAUUAUGUCCAAACCGCCUUCUCGCUGCGUACUCUGUUUUUGGUCUUCUUUGAUCAGCGUAUAUGUCAGGUUUUUAGAGAUUUAACUACUUUUUGUACCUGAUGUGAAUGAUGCAUUUGUUUGCUUGAAAGCAAAAUAAAUCUGUUGACUAGGGAUUAUACCAGUGUUGGGCUUUUCAUUUCAUUUCACAAACAAUAUAAAACACAGCAGUUUUUUUCUUGUCGUUGUUAUUUUAUUGUCUCAUCUUGCUUUUUGUCUACAAUGGUGAUUAAAGUUGUAGCAAAAAAAC